AUGAGGUGUAACCACUUUGUGCACGAGCCGGUUAUAAGGAGCGGGGGUUCAGUUGGUUCCUUCAUUUUUUGUCAGGUUCAUGUCUCAACAUCAUUCAUCCUUGCCUUGAAUUUCAUUGGCAGAAAUGUCAAAAUUGUGGCCAGGAUCAAAUUUCCAAAUAAUCAGAAAGCCAAGACAUUUUCACUGCUCUACAUGGGACUGACCAGUACAUUGGAUACGGCUACUAAAUUUCCCUGAAUUUGUCUGGAGCAUCCAGUGAUAUCAAAGCAUUCCAAAUCCCCUUGACGUGCUGUGAGCUCAGAAUUAAGCAACCUUCUGUUCACUUUUGUCUGAGAUUACCCUCAUUGCCGUUAUGAUGCCAGCUCAUUGAGGCUAAAUCUUACUCUGUGGGCACAGCUCCUACCCCUUACAGAGCAUUGGAGGAGACCUGUUCCCCAUGUCAGCUGAGGUUUCUCACAUGGACAAUGAGACAAAGCAAAAAGAAGAGGAAAUGCUUUUCCUCAGAGUCCUGCGAACCCCAUCACCAGAUAAAUGGGGUGAACAGACAUCCUAAACUAGGCCGCAGAAGAAGCGACACCGAUUUUCAUCAUCGAUGAAGCCCAGUACAUUGAUGCUGCCUCCUGGGAUUUUUUGGCAAAACUCCUCUCGAAUGUCCCCAUCUUUAUAGUCCUGUCAUUGUCUCCCUUUGCCUCCAAAGAGCUGCUCCCUUGUGCUUCUGCCCAAGGCAUCAUGAAGAGCCCCAAGACCACUGGUGUUGUCCUCCAGGAGCUGGAGCCUUCCAAACUCUUGGAGAUGGCCCGUCAGGCCCUUGGAGUGGUUAGCAUUCCCAGAGAGAUGGAAAUAUUCCUCAUACAAAGAAGCUCUGGGGUCCCAUUGUACUGUGAAGCUUUACUGACGGACCUCCAUGCUAAUGAGGUUCUUGAGUUUUAUCGCAUCCCCGAGGAGGAUGAGUGGGAUAACCUGUCUAGAGCUGUUCUCAGUGAAGAGGAGGUGAUAGAUGAUGCAGCGCUGCCAUUUGCGACCUGGAAGCGCUUCCAUUGCUUAGAGAGGAGGAAAACAGCUCCUUUAGUGUGGCCUGGUGCAGGUGUGAUUCAUCUGAGGCGAUGUGCCAGUGCUGUCAAAUCGAUACCCUACAGAGCGCCUCUAGUCUCCUCCAAGGAAGACAAAGAGCUUUACAUUUGUACCACCAGGAAGGAUGUGGACCUGGACGCCGUUCUACUCCCGGCGAGGCUGAAAGAUGCAGCAAAGAGGACCGAUGUCCCUCUGGGGCAGGAACUCACCAUAGAAACUCCCAUGGCCUCAUGUGAAGAUAAUUUGCAGUGCAGGGCAAAAUCAGCCAUGAAUAAACAGGUGUUGCCAGACGAUCAUCUCCGAGUUGAACAGGAGUUCCUGGACAGAGUGGACAAGAUGAUUAAGUACCAUAAACGUGGCAAAGAGGAAGCCACAAACCUGGCACCCUGUGAAUGUGGAGAGAGAGUGGAGUCGGUGGUCUCUGCCCUAGCCCGCCAUUGCCUCAUGGUGAACGACAGAACCAGGGCUUUUUAUUAUCUGCUGGAGUCUGCAGCUGCUUCCUUAUAUUUAUCCAACAAUUAUAUGGCAUACUUGUAUUUGAAGAAAGCAAGUGGCCUACAGGAAUUGUCAGCAUUGGCAGUGUUCCCUUGUCUGAAGAGACCAAAACUGAAGAUCAACCCGUUUGAGGAAGCCACUUUCUGUAGCCUCAGGGGAGAGGUCUGCUUCAACAUGGGUCAAAUCACACUGGCCAAGAAACUGAUCAAGAGAGCCCUCUGCUUACUGCACAAGGGAUUUCCCCGUACCUGGCUCGGAGCCUUCUUCCAGUCGUUACUCGAAGAAUCCAAACACUCUGCGUAUCAUACUCAGCAGCAUCAGGCCCAACACACAGAUAGGAAGGCAUUAGCUGUCCUGCAGCAGCAAAUCCACUGCCUCUCCUUGCUUUGGCAGCUCUACAGCCUGGACUCUACCGCCAACAGGAAGUACUCCCGGCUGGCAGCCCUGAUGGAAAUAAAUUUGGCAGAUGCGUCUGAGAACAAGAUGCAGAUCAUUUCGACAUAUAUGGAUUUUUCACAGUUCUCCCAAAGUAUGGGCUAUAAAGACGAGUGGCUAAAAUAUGAGAUGAUGGCUAUCCAGAGAAGUUCCCAGUGCAACUUCACCUUCACCAGGGAGAGGUUGCUAAUGACAGCUCAGUUAGCUCAGGCACUGGCCUAUAGCAAGCUCUGCUUGGGUCAUCUGACCCGAUCCAUCCAGUUGGCAGGCUUUCAAGCUCAUACAAUGUGUGUGUGUCUCCGGAAAACCAGCCUCCACUGCCUGGUUCUUUCGCUUCUCUUCAAAUCUGCGUUCCUGAAGAACAAGUACGCCCAAUGCAUCAGAGUCUUGGAGUGGCUGUGGGAACUCGCUACUCAAGAGGAGAGCAUCAUUGUCUUGGCAUGUUUCUAUUCAGCCUGCUUAGACCUGCUGCUUUGUGAUGCUGAGUUUGAUUACAGGCCCAUUGAGGAGUGCCUGCAGUUCAUAAACCAAUACGAAGCCAGCUGCAUCCUUAAGUCUCAGAGCAACAUCUUGCUGAGUCUGUAUUCCUCUUUGGCAAUCUGGUUUGGCAGACUCCAGCAGUGGGAUCUGUUCGAGGACAAUUUCACAAAGGCCCAGCGGUUGGUGAGCAGAACGAAUGCGUCCCUUUUUGGCACUCAUGGCUUUUUUAGAUUCCUGGAAUGCCAGGGGCUGUUGCUACGGAGAGUCAUGGAAGACACGCCCGAGAAGUACUUUGAAGAAUUCCUUUCUCACUGCUCGACGAGUCCGGUCUACCACACGAGGGUUUACAGCCUGAAAGCCUCUGUUAACCUCCUGGGAGAUGAAGAUAAGAGCCAGGUCCCUUUGUCGAAGGGUCUCAAACUUUCAGCCACUUCCCACAACAGGCUGGAGGAAACGACUCUCAGCGUGAGCCCUGACCAUGUCCAGAACAAGAAUCAGGGCUCCGGCAGAGUCGAAGAGCUGAAGGACAGCAAAGAUCAGGAUGAAGAGGGCACACGAGAAUACAUGAAAUCUGUCACAUCGAGGCUGAAAUCCAAACCCAGGCUGGAGGAAUUGACCUUUGUUCAUCUCCAGCUGGGGCUGCCCACUGGUGAGCCUAUGGAAUACAUCAGCACUGCACCCUGCACCUUGCCCUCGACGUCCAGAAAACCCCAGGGUGACGGUGACAAAGUCUGAGCGGGCAGGAGAGACUGUCCGAGCUGGGAAAUUGCUGGGUAGGGUGGAGGGUUUGUUGGAAUUUGGAGCACGUACAUUGAAAACCUGCCUCGUCGUGGCUCAGAGGUCAGCAGAGAAUUUUAGGAGGGACACUGGAAAAAUGGGGAAAAGUGACACAAAGGGGUUCUUUUCUUUUAGUCUGUGUAGUUCAGUGGUGUUUGUGGGACCCUGGAAUGAUUGGGGAUAACUCUGUAUUUAAGGGGUAUGUUGACACUGCAGUCAAACACCUGGGACUGGCUUGUGUUAACUGACUUGGCUUGCAGGGCUCUGGCUGUGAGGCUGUCAAAUUGCAAUGCAGCUAUUCGGGCUAGCGCCCGGGCUCUAAGGGGUCUCAGAACCAGCUGCAGGUGUUUCACUGAAGUGUAGACAUACCCUAGGAUAACCUGAGAGCGGGGCAAGGUUCUGUGACAGUCCUACUGAGACCCCACUUCCAGCAUAUAUCUCCUGAUAGGGGUAUUGAAAACCUGCACCUGAACCCAUGGGCAGUGGAUAACAACAGUCCUGCUAUGGAAUCUGUUCCACUGUUCUUCCAGAAACUCAUUCCUCCUGCUAAUGCACUGGGAAUUGCUGCAAAUAGUCUUCCCCAACAUAAUUCUUCUCCUGCAGGGACUAGCCACCAUCGUAUCAAUCGCAUAGAUUUUAAUGGAAGCUGCCACAGUUUGAAAUGUGUAUAGUUU